ACACAUUUACUUGGCAUCCCUGUUUGUCUGGUGAUGGGUCUGUUACAUGAAUGAAUGAACAGGCAGUGUGUUUAGGACCAUGGGGGAAGGGUGUGUGUGAGCGUCCGCCGCAGCCCUGCCCAGCCUAUUCUUUCUCCUGACGUCCUUCCUUGAUGCCAGUGUCACACGCUGCUGGGGAUGAGCAUUUUACAGCGACUGUACAGUUUUUAUGUUUGGGAACAUUGACAUUCCCUGCCUCUUCGAAAAGGAUACUGUUCAUUGGUCUUUGUUGGGACGGGAGUGUGCUCGAUAUACGCUUAAUAGACAGUAUUUCGUAUUGUAGGCUAUUCGCUGUUGUUUAUUUAUUAAUAUAUUGUUUUCCUGGAAAUGUACACAGAUGACUCUUUGAAGGGACGCUGCGUCCGUGGGAGUGGUUUAUUUUCUCUGGACAACCCAGACUCAUUGAAAAAAUGAGGCUAUUUUCCCCUGUUUGAUGCUGCGGUAGCUCAAUUUUUCUUUUCCUCCUCUGUUCUGCUUUUGUUUUCUUUCUGUCUGUCUCGUGGUCUACAAUCGUUGACGGCGGAUCCUUGAGGAUUCAACAGACAUUUCUGCAAAACAGACACUGUAUACGGACUGCUGGAUGGAACAUUUUCGUUUAGCUAAGUACAAAAUGAUCUAUUGUUCCGGCUAGCCAACCCACCACAGACAUGAGCAUCAUAUAGCAUUUCUUUAAUCUGUGUUCACAUCCCACCACCAUUGUGUGUAAAAUCAAGUAAACUUGACCAAAAAUGAGGAUUGUUUAAGGAAAACGCUGUAUUGGUGGUCGGAGAGGGCAGCAGCGAUAGCCUCGCGAUACUGGCUCGGCUUUCGGACUGCUUCUCUGUCUGUCCUGAUUCAAUUAACUGUACACGGACUGCUGAAAUAAACCCGGUUUUGCUGAAGGAUAAAGUACCAGGGACGAUGUCCUCACGCGCAGCACUGCAGCCUGGGAACGAAAGGAAUGUAGACCACCAUGCUUCUCUCUCAGCCAGUCGUUCAGAGAAGGGCUCAGGAUGGUCGAGUCGCUCGCUCGGAGCCCGUUGCCGGAAUUCCAUCGCCUCCUGCUCGGACGAACAGCCUCACAUCGGCAACUACCGGCUGCUCAAGACCAUCGGCAAGGGCAAUUUCGCCAAAGUGAAGUUGGCACGCCAUAUCUUGACCGGCAGGGAGGUUGCAAUAAAAAUCAUUGACAAAACCCAACUCAACCCUACAAGCCUACAGAAGCUCUUUCGAGAGGUACGGAUCAUGAAGGGCCUCAACCACCCAAACAUAGUUCAACUCUUUGAAGUGAUCGAGACAGAGAAGACACUGUACCUUGUGAUGGAAUACGCCAGUGGAGGUGAAGUAUUUGACUACCUCGUAUCUCAUGGGAGAAUGAAGGAAAAGGAGGCACGUGCUAAAUUCCGGCAGAUCGUGUCUGCGGUUCAUUACUGUCACCAGAAAAACAUUGUUCACAGGGACUUGAAGGCGGAAAACCUCCUGCUUGAUGCAGACUCCAACAUCAAGAUUGCUGACUUUGGCUUCAGUAAUGAAUUUACGCUGGGCAGUAAACUGGACACGUUCUGCGGCAGCCCGCCCUACGCCGCCCCAGAGCUCUUUCAAGGGAAAAAGUAUGACGGGCCUGAGGUGGACAUUUGGAGUCUGGGGGUUAUCCUCUACACGCUGGUCAGUGGAUCACUGCCCUUUGAUGGACAGAACCUCAAGGAGCUGCGUGAGCGUGUGUUGAGGGGGAAAUACCGGGUGCCAUUCUACAUGUCUACCGACUGUGAGAGCAUCCUGCGCCGGUUUCUUGUGCUCAACCCCACCAAGCGCUGCACCCUGGAGCAAAUCAUGAAGGAUAAGUGGAUGAAUGUCGGGUAUGAAAGUGAUGAGCUGAAGCCUCAUUUAGAGCCGGUGGAGGACUAUAAUGACAGCAGCCGUAUAGAUGUAAUGGUGGGAAUGGGUUACUCCCGUGAUGAAAUCAAAGAUGCUCUGACCACUCAGAAGUACAAUGAGAUAUUUGCCACGUAUCUGCUGCUAGGUCGCAAGAAUGAGGAUGGCACGGAGUCCCGGUCAAGCAGCAGUCUGUCUAUAGCACGGGUACGACCCAGUCCCAUCACAAAUGGCACCAGCAAACACUCCUCCACUUCCUCCUCCAGCUCCACCUCUGCCUCCAGUCACACUAAACCCCAGCGCAGUGCCUCCACCUACCACCGCCAGAGGAGGCACAGCGACUUCUGUGGGCCAUCAGUGCCAGUAACCCACCCCAAGCGUAGCCCCACCAGUACAGGAGAUGGGGAUCUAAAAGAGGAACGUCUCCCCUCAAGGAAGGCCAGCUGCAGCGUGGUGGGCAGUCGUAGCAUCCCUCCGUCGAGCCCCAUGGUCAGCUCAGCCAACAACCCCAACAAGGCCGAGAUCCCUGACCGUCGCAAGGACAUCAAUGCAACAACGAAUAACAUCCCUGCCAGUGCCAUGACCCGUAGGAACACUUAUGUAUGUACGGACCGCACCAACAUUGACAGACACUCCUUACUACAGAAUGGGAAAGAGAACAGCUCCUUGUCACAUCGAUUACCUCCAGCCUCCCCAUCCACCCACAGCAUCUCCGGGGCCGGGGCCCCGGCUCCACAUCAUCCGAACGCUUCUCGGCUGACAAGGGGAUCCACCAUCCGCAGCACCUUCCAUGGUGGCCAGCUAAGGGACCACCGGCCUCCUACCCACGCACCCCCCACCUCACCCACCCUCUCCCACGAAGCCAGCCCUCUGCCACACUCCCGUAGCCGUGCCACCACAAACCUGUUCACUAAGCUGACCUCAAAACUUACCCGCAGGGUCAAUCUUGACCCCUCUAAGCGCCAGAGCUCAAACAAGUCAGUCUCGGGCUGCACUCUGCCACAGGGAUCAAAAACAGUUAGGUCACAGACGAACCUGAGAGAGUCUGCAGAUCUCCGGUCACAAGAAAACAAGCAAGCAACUCAAACAGAAGAAAGACAGAAAAUAGCUACAGAUACAGCUACAAAAAGUCAGGCUAAAAAAUACAGUCGCUAUCUAUCUGGGUAUCAAAAAGCGGCAGAGCCCCGGACCCCCCGAUGCGGCUGGGAUGUGAGGGUGCGGAGCCCGCGGGACCCGGCCGAGGUGGUUCUGGCGCUGCGGGAGGCGGCGCAGGGCUGCGGUUGCCAGGUCCACCAGGCCGGGCCCUUCCUCCUCUCCUGCACCCAUGGAGCCGCUGGAUCCCGCGUUGCCUUCGAAGCAGAGGUUUGCCAGCUGCCCAACGGCCCCGCAGAGACCAGCGGUGUUCGAUUUAAGCGCCUAUGGGGGGCACCGCUUGCCUUUCGGGACAUCGCCACCAAAGUGUCCAAAGAACUCGAACUCUGAGGGCAACAGGGGGUGGAGGGCAGGGACAAAAGCAUGGGACAGAAAGAUGGGAUGAUUGGAAGUAGCCCCGCCCACACCCCCGCCCCCUCUAAGCCUACAAAGACUGGCACACACACAUUGAGAACUGGGCACCUGUUCACACAAAAGCCCUGCUGAAGGAACUCCCUUUACCGGGUCUGUUUUACCGCUGAUUUUACCUGGUAUCUUAGCCAUGUUGUUUUGUAACACCGUUUUUUUUUUUUUUUGCGUGUUCACUCUGUACAUUGUCAGUCCUUUUCAACUGCUGCUAUUUAACUCAUUUUUUGGUUUCUAUUCUUCUGCUGUGCUGGCGAGAAGAGUAUGUUUUAUUUUAUCCUCAUUUCAGUAACCAUAUUCACAAAAAAACACGUGAUGCCACACCAUUUCGAACCGUAGACAACAUGCGGAGCCGCUGACAAUGCAAGUGCUGAAAGUGAUAGCAAUUUCUCCUAAUUUUUUUUAAUGAUCUGUCCUUGUUGGUUGUUUUAGCCAUCAAACUUGCCAGUGAUGCAGGUUGAGUAAGUGAUGUCUGCUUUCCUGAGCCUCCUUGUUUUUAGAUUCGUCAUAUUACAUGGUCACACCGUAGCACUUUAGGGCUGAGUGAGCAACAUCACCUGUUUUAAAGCAGUUCUCCCUUGAAAUGGUGCAAUUUACCCUGUUGAGCCAAGUUGAGACACAGUGCUCUUUGUGUUGCUCUUGUAUGUGUUACGCUGAUGAGAAACCUCUGUUAUCUUGCCGGAAGUGCACUCUGCUGAAUGGCUACAAACAGACUGUUGACUUUGUUUAUCUCUGAUUUGACAUAGUAAGUCCUCAUCGUCAAGAUUGGAAUAUGUCAGAGCUGUGCAAUGUGAGAAAAUGCAAGAAUGAUUAAUACAAUAUUUGUCUGAAAUCCAGUGAUUUGUGUGUCUGUUUAUUUAGUAGCUUUCUUUCUUUUUGUUUGCGUGGCAAACAAACACUUUUCAAACAGUUUGAUUUAAAUUUAACAAAGAUAUUUACAUAAUGAAGAUUUUUAAAAUAUUAGGAAUGUAUAACAAUGAGGGUAUUAUAAUCUAAAAUAAUCAAAUUAAUUAAUAAUUAAAAUUUUCAGUUAGUGAAUUAAGUAUAAGACAUAUUUACCAUUGUACCAGCAAUUUCUUUUAAUUUAUUGCAGGUUGGAAAUUGUGUAUGAUUUUCAAAUAUACUAACACAUUAUAAUUCAAGCAAUCAUUGAUCUGGCUUUAUUAUAACCAAAAGAAAUGACAAAUCAUGUUUGCUUGAAUUAUUGUUGACUGCCAUUGUGCUAUUCGGUACAAAUAACUGAUCUUUUAGUGCCUGUAAUGUCUGUUGGUUCAGCUUAGCUGAUUGAAUUCAUAAAGGUGUGCUUAAAGUUUCAAUUAAAUAUUGACGUCCAGUUUUGAGAAUUCUGAAUAAAUUCCCCACAAUAAUAGUCAUAAAUGUACAUACAUAAAAUUUAAGUUUGUAGCUGUGUAGAGGUAAAAACCAAGACUUGCAAAGAAUGUAAAGACUUAAAACAGGUUGAUUGUUACAUGGGGCUGUUUAUUAACUUUGUACAACCAAAAAAAAAUGAGUUUAGGUGAAUACAACAUAGCUAGGGUUUUCUAGCUAUGUGGAGGUUUGAUCCCAGGAUGUUACAAGAGGAACAGGAAGAUAAGGAAAAGUCCAAGAAAAAGAAGACGACAGGAAAGAAAGGAAGGAGGAAAAAAGUAGGAAAAAGGGAGCAGGGUGGAUUGUCUCUUGGAAAAGUCAAGGUGGCAUGACUGCAUGAAAGAACAAAUAAAAAAAGAAAAGCACUUUUGCCAUUUUACUUCUGGGCAGG